UAGAAACCGUCGAGCGCAGCGUACAAUGAUAAUGAUGAUCGUAGUGUGUCUUUGUUUGUUUCGUUCGAUUGUAUGAAAUAUUUAUAUAUACAUCAUCGAUGUGCGCGAGGCAUUUCCCAAUUGUGAGUGAAUCAAUGUGAAUUGUUUUUGUUGUUUGUCGCUGAUGUUUUUGGUUUGAGACUGCAACACGCCGAAAAUAGACACUGAAUUUUCUCAAUUGCUGCUCACGACAAACGGUGCUUCAGAAUGUUAUAAUCUGGAAAUAUAGGCGUGUAUAAGUGUCUCAUCGAUAUCGGUAUUUGGAGACACAUCCGUUGAACGACAAGAAAAUCAAUCAAACUCAAUUGAGGAAAUGGCAACUCAAAUGCAACAAAAAGUUAAAGAAUAUUUCGGCUCGUUGAAUCCACUGGCCGAGAAGAUAAGUAGUGACAUUACGGAUAUCGUCGAUGCAUACUCCAACCUUUGGACUAGCUUCAGCAAUGACGAACAAAAUGAAUUAGUGGAUGUGACACUGAUUAAACCGAACCUGAUUCUGAAGUAUGUGGACGAUAUGAAGAAUGAACGGAAUUUGAAGAAACGUCGCUCGUCGGCAAUGCUCAGCAAAGAUGAUGCUACAAUCAUUACGGACACUGACAGUAAUAAUGAUCGUCUGUCACUCUCUUCGUCCAAUUCGACGUCGUAUCGAUCCAACGAUUUUAGCCACAUUUAUCUGUACAAUGGCAAAGAUUUAUGCACAUACAGCCAAAUGAUUACGGCAUUACGGUAUAAUCAGGAUGAUUUGUGUGGCAUUUAUCGAGACGAACACUCCGAACCAUUCAAUCAGAAAACAAAGAGCCAAAUGAAUUUGAAUUUUGGCAAUACGGCCGAUGCGAAUGCCAAACUUGUACGUGCUCAGAAGAAAUUCCCAGAAAUUAAACUACCGUUUGUUAAUGGGCUGGAUGCCAUUGAUGGAGUCAUUAAGAAAAACGCCGGUGGCGCCGGCAUCGAUCAUGUGCCUGAACUUCGAGCCAAAUUAGCUAGUCUCAACACAAACAAUACACUUGAACACGGUCAAGAUGGAAGCGUGGUGCGAAAGAGUUUCAUGACCCGAUUGUUUAGCGGUAAAAGCAGUACGAUGCCUGUGAGUGUUCCUAGUCUAAAAUCGAAAGUGCCGCUUGAUUCAUUGUCAGGCAUUAAUUUGGGCAUUGAAUCGGCAAAAAAUUUCGAUUCAAUGUCAACGAAGAGUGCUGGCUCAUCCAAACCGGACGAAAUCACUGAUAUGAGUCGACUCAUCAGCCGCAACAACAAUGACGAUGAUGAUGAUGAUUUAAACGAUAUUCUAAACCAAUCGGCCGAUUACGACUUUUUGAACAAUUGGUAAAAUACAUACACAGUUCCAUUUUAUGAACACUAGAAACACGAAAUUCACGGAAUUUCAUAUCACACAUACACCGAGUGUAUGGAACACACACAUUGGAAGAGUUUCACUCUCGAACUACUGUCGAGAUUUAUUUUCUAAGCAAAUAACAUAUUACCAAAACAAAUGGGCCACCACAAAAUGGUGUUUUGAAAUACGGAAAUUCCAAAGACCAUUCUAAGUAAACACAAUAAAUGUGCAAAGCGAUUUUCGAAAACAAACAACAAUAAAUAAUUACGUUUGUACGUGAAAUUUUGUAUUUUUUACAAAAAAAAAACAUAAGUCAUUUAUUAUCGAAAUAAAGAAAUAUACACCCGAUUAUUAUGAAACAUUUACGAUG